GUCAGGCAGCGUGGGCGCUACUUCCUGUUGUCGGUGUCCGGAAUGUCGCUUCGUCGGCUGAGAGUCGAGGGGGCACCCGUGGCCGAAAAUGCCCGCUGCUCCUGCGCCCGCUGCCCUGGUGUUGUUCAAGCCUUGGAGCUUGCUCAUCUGGCUGCCAUCUUCCCUCCAGGUCCCGUGUGAUUCUCCGCAGGAGCUGCUAGCUUGAGUGGAGAUGCUCUCAGUGGGAGAGAGUGCACUGGACCCCCGGGCUGCCAUCCCGGUCAUCAAGAAGAAGCUGGUGGGAUCCGUGAAAGCCCUGCAGAAGCAAUACGUGUCCCUGGACACUGUGGUAACCAGUGAAGAUGCCGAUGCCAACACCAUGUGCAGCGCCCUGGAGGCGGUGUUUAUCCACGGCCUGCACGCUAAGCACAUCCGAGCUGAGGCUGGGGGAAAAAGGAAGAAAAAUACCCACCAGAAGCAUUUGCCACAGCCUGUCUUCUGGUCCCUUUUGAAGGCUGUCACCCACAAACACGUCAUCUCAGAAUUGGAGCACCUGGCCUUUGUCAACACGGAUGUGGGCCGCUGCCGGGCCUGGCUGCGGCUGGCACUCAAUGACGGCCUGAUGGAGUGCUACCUGAAGCUGCUGCUCCAGGAGCAGGCUCGGCUGGGAGAGUACUAUCAGCCAUCUGCCUUGCUCCGAGAUGCCGAGGAGGCCGAGUUCCUCCUCAGCUUCCUGCAGGGCCUGACGUCCUUGUCCUUCGAACUCUCCUAUAAGUCUGCCAUCUUAAAUGAGUGGACACUUACCCCAUUGGCCCUCUCGGGGCUCUGCCCGCUCUCUGAGCUUGAACCUCUCACUACCUCUGGUGUGGAACUCCAGCGGAAGGAGUCUCUGGAUUCAGUUUCACACUCCUCAGGCUCAGAGGACAUCGAAGUACAACAUUCAGGUCACAAGAUCCAGCGGAACAGAAAGCUCACUGCCUCCUCCCUCAGCCUAGACACAGCCAGUUCAUCCCAGCUAUCCUGCAGCCUAAACUCUGAUAGCUGCCUACUCCAAGAGCCUGGCCCUAAGAGUCCAGACCAUUCUGAGGAGCCUAUGUCCUAUGACUCAGACCUGGGCCCCACAAAUGCGGAUGACUCGGACCCGUCUCUGCAAGAGGUGUUGUCAGAGUUCAGCAAAGCCCAGGUGAACUCUGUGCCAACCAGAGGACCGAGCCAAGAAUCGGAGAUCCCCACUCUCCAGGCCUCACCCUUCCUGCGCAGCCUUGCCACCAGCACACACCUGCACUUUGAUGUGCCUGCAGAGCCUCCUCCUGUUCAAGCAUCUUCUAGGACCCAUGAUGGUGGCCACAAGCAGGAACCACUUUUCCAGACACCAGGCUUCCUGGACUUGCCACAGCUUGACUCUGCCCAAGCUGUCCCUGCAGGAAGUGCUUCAAGCCAGCAUCCAGAUGGGACUGUGAAAGCGAUGACCGGAGCAGGCAGUCAAGAGAGUGGCCCACAGAAGGUCCUGGAGGAUGGUGGAGCUGGACUAAAGCCGAUGGUUUCCUCCCCUACCAGUCCGAAAGGCACGAGCUGGAUCUCAGAAGAUGACUUCUACCGGCCUCCCAGGGAACCACCUGCGGAGGGAGCUUCCAACGGUUCCCUGGGGCUCUCCAGGGUGAUGCCAAGGGGCAGAGCUGCUCUCCACAGGCGUCUUUCUCAAGGACCAAGAAAGAGCAAAUCCGUGGGGGCUCUAGAAGUGUCUCCACCUUCCCCAGGGUCCAGGAAAGCCCCAGCAACCCAGGCGCAGGAGCACAGGAACUUCCGGGUGGUGCACCGGAGGCAGAUGGGACUGUCCAACCCAUUCCGUGGCCUCAUGAAGCUGGGCACAGUGGAGCGGCGAGGGGCCAUGGGCAUGUGGAAGGAGCUCUUCUGUGAGCUCUCCCCGCUGGAGCUCCGCCUCUACCUGAGUGACGAGGAGCGCACCUGCGUGGAGAGCUGCUCACUGCUGCGCUGCGAGUCUGUGGGGCCAGCCCACAGUGAUGGGCGCUUUGAGCUGGUCUUCUCAGGCAAGAAAUUGGUCCUGCGUGCCUCCUCACAGGAUGAGGCCGAAGACUGGCUGGAUCGCGUGCAGGAGGCCCUGCAGAAGGUCCGACCCCAGCAGGAGGAUGAGUGGGUGAACAUCCAGUACCCCGACCAGCCUGAGGACACCCCCGAGUCUCCCGAGGGUGGCCACCCCUCUCACUCAGACCUGCUGUCAGAAUCUUCAGCCCUCCAGGACACACACUUGGACUGGGCGUCUGCUCAGGUUCCAGAGCCUGACGCUAUCAAAGAGUCCCUUCUGUACCUGUACACAGACAGGACCUGGGUGCCCUAUAUAUUUUCCCUGUCCUUGGAGUCCCUCAAGUGCUUCCGUGUAAAAAAUGAGGAGAAGAUGCUAAGUGACAGCCACGGAGUGGAGACCAUCCGAGAUGUCCUACCAGACACCAGUCUCGGGGGCCCAGCUUUCUUUAAGAUCAUCACAGCCAAGGCCGUCCUGAAGCUGCAGGCUGGGAAUGCCGAGGAGGCCACCCUGUGGAGGAACCUGGUGCGCAAGGUCCUGGCAUCCUACUUGGAAACAGCCGAGGAGGCAGUGACCCUUGGUGGAAGUCUGGACGAAAACUGUCAGGAGGUGCUGAAGUUUGCCACGCGGGAGCACGGCUUCCUGCUACAGUACCUGGUGGCCAUCCCCACGGAGAAGGGUCUGGGCUCCCAGGGCUGCUUCUGCGCAGGCUGCUCGCGACAGAUUGGCUUCUCCUUCAUACGACCCAAGCUCUGUGCCUUCUCUGGCCUCUAUUACUGUGACAUCUGCCAUCAGGACGAUGCCUCAGUGAUCCCAGCCAGGAUCAUCCACAACUGGGACCUCACCAAGCGCCCGGUCUGCCGUCAGGCCCUGAAGUUCCUGAAGCGGAUACGGGCCCAGCCUCUCAUCAACCUGCAGUUGGUAAACGCAUCUCUGUAUGAACAUGUGGAGCGGAUGCACCUCAUCGGUAGGAGCCGGGAGCAGCUGAAGCUUCUAGGCGAUUACUUGUGCCUGUGCCGAAGCGGCGUCCUGAAGGAGCUGAGCAGGAGGCUCAACCACAGGAAUUACCUCUUAGAGUCUCCUCACAAAUUCAGUGUCGCUGACCUCCAGCAGAUCGCAGAGGGUGUGUAUGAAGGAUUCCUCAAGACGCUGAUCGAGUUUGCCUCCCAGCACGUCUACCACUGCGACCUGUGCACCCAGCGCGGCUUCAUCUGCCAGAUCUGCCACCACCACGACAUCAUCUUCCCCUUUGAGUUUGACACCACAGUCAGGUGUGCCGAGUGCAAGACCGUCUUUCACCAGAGCUGCCAGGCCGUGGUGAAGAAGGGCUGUCCCCGCUGUGCCCGCCGGCGCAAGUACCAGGAACAGAACAGUCUCACCUGACCCUGCUGCCCUAAGCUGCCCCGCCAUCCCAGCUGGGCUUGCCAUCAGUCCCUUGGUUUCACCAGUGUGCUGGCUGCCCCUACCCCUUGUUGGGAAACUCCAGGAGUGAUGAGGCCUCUCACCCCUUGCUCUGCUCCAGGAGUGUGGACACAGCAGAGGCCCACACCCGAGGCUAGGGCCCUCUCAGCAGGCCAGGGACCUGUGGCCAGGCUGUGUACACACUGUGGGACAGACAGGAUGUUUUCAUUCCACGUUCCUGAUUAAAAGGACUAGUUUUCUAAGGUGGGUCUUCCCACUUUAUGUUUCAGAAGAAAAUAUUUUUUUCUAUUAUUGACACUGCACAACUGAUCCGAGAACGCCAGGCCUACUUACCCUGAGCAGUGUGCAGGAGCCUCUGGUGCCUAGCCUGAAGGCUGGCUGGUGGCAGGCAGGCCAAGCAGCCUGUCCUGUAGAGCAGGCAGUGCUGAUGACAGCCUCCUUCCUCUCCAUGUCCCCAUGCCCCUCACCUGCAAAGCCUAGCCCCUCCUUUUGAUCCCAGCCUCCCUGGAUCUUCUCUGGCCUGGGGUUUGGUCCUUGCAACAGGGAGAUAAAAUGACUCAACACCAGCA